AUGCUUCUCUGUUCUGGUAGGGAGUUGAGUCGACGAAUUUUUAAAAGUCGCUCCCCUGUGCAGGUUUCAUCGAUUUACACUGCAAAAGAAUUGCGUGAUCAGUUCUUACAGUAUUUCGCUUCUAAAAAUCACACGAUUGUUCCUGGAAGCAGUGUCAUUCCAAAGGAUGAUCCUUCUUUGCUUUUCGUGAAUGCUGGAAUGAAUCAGUUCAAAAAGUAUUACCUUGGUCAAGCAGUUCCCGAAGUCCGUCGAGUAACGACUUCACAACUCUGUAUUCGUGCCGGAGGAAAACAUAAUGAUUUGGAUAACAUCGGUUUUACUCCUCGUCAUCAAACAAUGUUUGAAAUGCUGGGCAAUUUUUCUUUGGGUGACUACUACAAAGACGAGGCGAUUUCAAUGGCCUAUGAAUUUGUAAGCAAAGUCCUGCAGAUUCCAAACUCACACCUCCGCGUGUCGAUUCACGAAAAAGACGAUUCAGCGCGCUCUAUUUGGAAGUCUAUUGCUGGGUUUCAAGAUAGCCAAAUCGUUAGUCGUGGAAAUAAAGACAAUUUAUGGAGUAUGGGAAGUAGCGAUUCUCCAAGUGGCUUUUGCUCCGAGCUCUUUUUCACAACCGACCCUUUCUCAACGUACGAUAACUGGCUCGAAAUUUGGAAUCUUGUUUUUAUGAACACACAGUCCAAGGUACGUUCUCUCUUUUUUAGCCUCAUUUUGAAGGGCGGAUGGAUUGAUACCGGCAUGGGAUGCGAACGCAUGCUCUCCGUCCUAAAUGGAGUUCCAUCGAACUUCGAAACGGACGUUUUCACGGGGAUUUUGUCGUCCAUCCAAGCUCGGUUUCCCUCUCUCUCGUCGUCCCACGCGCACAUCUUCGCCGACCAUCUUCGAACGUCCGUUGUGUUGGCCAAUGAAAUCGUUCCCUCGUCGAAAGGCCGCGGUUAUGUGCUUCGAAAAAUCUUCCGCCGAAUGCUUCGCUUCGCGUACCUGAAUCACAUCGAUUAUCCCUUCGUUUCGGAGCUGAUUCCCGCGGUUAUCCAGGCUCUUCACGCGCAGCUGCCCGAGCUGGCGGGAAACCAGGAGAAAAUCGAGCGGAUUUUGGGCAUGGAGGAGGAGUUUUUCUGGCGAGCUGUGGCGGAAGGGAAGAAACUGGUCGCUUCGAAAGCGAAAAAAGUGGGGUUUUUUGGAGGAGAAACGCUCCGACAGCUUCGAGCCGAUACGGGACUGCCUCUGGAUAUGGUGGAAACACUGUUCCAGGAGAAGAAGAUAACCGUGGAAUCGGAGGCGAGCGAUCAGCUUUUGCAGGAAGAAAUGGAGAAUGAGCGAAUGGCACAAGUCGAAAAAUGGGGGAUCCCACCGGAGAGUCAAUGGAGUGGCCGUUUCGCUGGACAAACCGUCGAAAUGGAGAAACUGACAUCGUUAUCGAGCGUGUCGCAGAAAGCCAAAAUCCAGGCGAUUUCGAAAAGUGGAAACGUGGAAUUUGUGGUGUUGGAUCGCUGUCCAUUCUUCCCCACGCAGGCGGGUCAGGAAGGCGACCGCGGCGUUGUUGUGUGGAAUGGCCGCGAGAUCGGGGUGAUGGAUACGAUUAAACACGGACAAACGAUCAUAAACGUGCUUCCCGCAUCGAAUCUCCCGCUGAAUAGCGAGGUCGAAUGUGUGAUCGAUCUGCGCCACCGCCAGGCGGUCGCCAGACAUCACAGCGCCACUCAUCUGCUUCACGCCUGCCUGGGCGAGUUGUCGGGCGUUCACCAGUCGCUUCAGGCAGGAUCCCACAUCACCGAGAAGGAGUUUUCGUUCGAUUUUUACACGGGGUUCUUGACUCCUUUGCUGAAAUCGCCGCAGGCUUUUAUCGAACUCGUAGAAUCGAAAAUGAACGCGGCUGCACGCGCCGAAAUCCCGGUGAAACGCGUGGAUUUCACAGCGAAAGAUCUUGAAACGGUUCCGAAAGGAACCUUCAUUGGGGAUAUUUCCCACAUCUCACAGUCAGAAAACGUUUUUCACACCAUUUCCAUCGGGAAUCUCAGUCGCGAGUUCUGCUGCGGCCAGCACGUAGCGAAUUCGGGCGAUCUGUUUCCCGUGGUAAUCAGCGGAGUGCAAUCGAUCUCUGCAGGAAUCAAGCGAAUCACCGGAAAGGCCGGAAUGGCUGCUUCUGAGGUGCUCUUCGAGCAGCAUCGAACGUUGAAUCAGCUGCUCGGAUCGUUUGCCUGCAGCGAGAAGGAGAUCGUGAAGAAGGCCGAGGGGUUGCAGAGUCAGGUGAAAUCGCUGGAGCAAACAAAAGCGGCGUUGUUGCGAUUUGCGGCUGCUUCGAUGGCUCCUACCUAUGAAGUUCAUUGCUCCUCGAAUUCCAGCUCUUCAACCUUGCGGUCGCUGCAAGUGUUUGAAAUUCCUGCAGAGAUUCCAAAGGAAAUCAUCGAUAAGCUGAUGGACAAAAACGCGCUUCAGCUGUUUGUGCAGAGCAGGUCGUUUACGCUGGUCUGUGAGGAUGACCAGCUGAGAGAAAAACUGAAGAGUCUUCUGUUCCAGGUGGGAGAAGGAGGAAAAGGAGGAGGAAAGAAGGGAAUAUUGAAGGGAGUUUGCAAUGCUUCUCUGGUGAACAAGAAGCAAGAGAUAGAAAGCGAGAUUGCGAACAUUUUACAACUGUAA